CCUUGGCAGUGCUCACCCAACCUGCAGAACUAUUUCUUCAGCCUCGUUUAAAGGAAGGGGGCAGCAGGUGGCCAGCAACCAUCCACCCCCAGCCCAGCCUUCCAGCCAACAAUGGGAGCCUGCCUUGGCCACUCCAGAGGAUCAGACAGCUGUCUCCAAGCUUCCAACGCUCCUCUAUUCUUCCAUCCUUACAUCAAAGGAUCCCAGGUCAUUAUGGAUGAAUCUUGCCAUACAGUAAGUAGAAGAGGCUCGUUCCAUGAUGGUAUUGUCUUCUCUGGCCGGCCCAUAGAACUUUAUGAGAAAGUGACCGUGAAAAUCAUAGAAGAAGACCGGAAGUGGCAGGGUGGACUACGGGUGGGCUUCACCUGGAAAGAUCCCUGUCUUCAGUCUGGUGAAUUGCCUCCAUUUGUGUGCCCAGACUUGGUCAGUCAAGGGAAGACUUGUGCAUGUGUUUUACCAGAUGAAUAUACAGAAGAAGAUACCAUUCUCAGCUUCUGGGUGGACAACCAGGGCUGCGUUUUCUGCAGCACCAACCUUGAGGCAGAAGGGUCCUUCCUCUUCAAUGGUGUCUCAGUUGAAUCUCCUCUUUGGGCUGUUGUGGACAUCUAUGGAAGAACUAAAACAAUCCAACUUCUUGAUUCCACCUGCCUGGAGCUCCAGGUAGGAGCUGAAGAAAGCCCUGCAGAAGAUUGCAUGGUCUGCUUCGGGUCCAAAGCCAACACCAUGAUGUUCCCGUGCUGCCACUCCGGCUUCUGCUCCCACUGCUCCUUGAAGAUUCUCACCACCAGCGGCCGCUGCCCGCUGUGUCGACAGAAGGUGAAGAAGAUCCUUCUCAUCUCCAUUUUGGCAGAAAGAGAUGGCCUGCCAGACUGGUUGGAAAAAUCAGAGAGUAUCCACUCCCUGUGGUGACAAAAUCUGCGCUAUUCCGGUGCUCCUGAAAUAUGUCAGUCGUAGUAGCAGAAUGCAAGAAUUGGAAAAAUGAGGAAAGCAAUUGGAAAGACCAAAAAAGAAAAAGAAAAAGAAAAGCCACGUUGGCUUAGAAGGGAUAGAAGCAAUAAAUGAGGAUGCUGAGUUGGAUAAAUGAGCUGUUUGCAAGAUAUCUGGAACCACUGGAAAUGCACAAAAGCCUCAGCCAGUUUAUGAGAAAGAAUAGUGUGGAAAACCUCUUUGUUCUUAAAAAGAUCAUUCCCCCUGCAAGCUGGCAUGAGAUUGACAGCCUUGAAAUUUAGUUUCAGGACUUUCAAGACAGGGGAAACACCAGCACCAGCUGCUUUCAGGGCAGCAAGAAUUAGGAAGGGCUUGUUGAAAAUCUCCAAGGCAACACAAGCCAUAGAAAAAUGUUGUUAGCUAUGCCUUGCCAGGUAACACUUUCCUGUGCAAAAUACAAUUCACGAGUUAUCCAAAGCCUUUGGGAAUCUGCAUAAAGAUAUAUAAAUUGCUACCCAUCUUGGCUUCUCUAUCAUUGAUGUUGGCUGAGAAUGAGAGAAUUAUCUUUCAGAGAACAAAAUCUGAUUCAGCGAAAUAGAUAUGGCCUUUAAGAAGAGGGGAAUAUGAACAGACUUGCAAAUAAACAGCAUUACAAGAAUGAACAGUAGAAUUCCAAACUUAAGGAGUCAGAAGAGGCAGCAAGUGGAGUCCUCCUUCAAAGCAUAAGAAUCUGCCACUGUUUCUCCUGCCCUGUGGGAUGGGAAAUCCCCUUGCAGGAAGCAUCUGAAGAUUUAGGCCUUCAAGACCAAAGACCAAGGGAUGAUUUCCUGAGAUUUGUUGCAACAAGAUCAAAAUCAAAUGAUUUCCAAGUCGGUAGAGACUGCAAACCAGCGA